AUGGACAAACAAAGCGCCAUUGUACUGAGUGUGACUGCAGGUCUGAGCGUCGGUUACUUCCUGGGCAAGACGCAGUCGGAUGCUGCAAUCAGAGAUAAUACAGAGGGCAAGUCGUUAUCCAAGGACUUGAAUGAGGUAGAACGCCUCAUUCGCCCCAACAUUUUGGCGCUCACGCCGUACCGCUGCGCCCGCGACGAUUACAAUCAAGGUAUCUUGCUGGAUGCCAACGAGAAUAGUUUGGGUCCUCCUCUACAAGGCUAUGAACAGCUGAUAGCCAUGGAACUGGAGCGUUAUCCUUGUCCAUACCAGCCGGAGCUAAAGCAGGCUAUUGUUGAAUACAGGAAUCUCAACUCCACGGAGAAGAUCAGUCAGGCAAACACAUUCCUGGGUGUCGGAAGUGAUGAAGCCAUUGACUUGAUCAUCCGCGUGACUUGCACCCCUCGCGUGGACAACAUCCUCAUUACACCGCCAACUUAUGGCAUGUACAGCGUGUGCGCCAACAUCCACGACGUGGCCAUUGUCUCGGUGCCGCUUCAAAUCGAGGCACCGGUAGAAAAUCUUAGAGGAUUGUUGCCUGACCUGCCGCUGCCAUCCUUCCAUAUUGACCCGCAAGAGAUUCUAAAAGCCGCCACUGCGUCAACAAAGGUAAUCUUUCUGUGCAGCCCCGGCAACCCUACGGCAAAUGUGUUGCGCUUCGAGGAUGUGGAAACGAUUCUGGACUCAAAGAAGUACAAGGGUUUUGUAGUGGUCGACGAAGCGUACAUUGACUUUGCUGACCCCUCUAGCUUGUGCACGCUGGUGAACAAGCACAAACGACUAAUUGUGCUUCAGACGCUCUCGAAGGGCUUUGGGCUUGCUGGCAUUCGUCUGGGCAUUGCUUUCGGCGACCCGAAGCUUAUUCAAGUGCUUAACAACGUGAAGGCUCCGUACAACAUCAGCAAGCUGACGUCCGAUGUUGCACGCAAGGCUUUUGCGAGCCUGGAGGAGCUACACAAGAGCGUGAAUCUCAUUAAGAAGGAAAAACACCGGGUGAUUAAGGAGCUGCAGAAGCUGUCAUUUGUGCGCCGCAUAUAUGCCUCAGACUCCAACUUUGUGCUUUUCGAGAUUCCUCACGCGCUGAGCGUUUACCGAGAAAUGGCUAGUCGUGGAGUAGUCAUUCGCUAUCGCGGCAACCAGCAUUUGCUUAGUGGAUGUGUUCGAGCUACGAUCGGAUCUCGCGACGAAAACGACCGAAUGCUUGAGCUGCUUGUGGAAGUGUCGGGUGAACAGUGA